AUGCUCUUGUUUGAACACCGGCUGGCUGAAAGAGGCUGCUUGCUGCUCUGGCUGCUCCCAUCCAUUCUCAGAGCCCAGGCUAGUGAGGAGCCGAGGCCCACAGGCACACCGUGUGAGCAGAGCCCCACAAAGGUGUCUUGCAAAGGGGUUGGCCUGCACAAGUUUCCAGAGGAACUGGGCCAAGGAGUUAAGUACCUCGAGCUCUCCAACAACUUUAUCCGAAACCUGUCAGGCAGCCACAUGCCAGGGUUUGGGCAACUUGAGUACCUGGAUAUGUGCUUCAACCAGCUGGAAGCUGUGUCAGCCACGACCCUGGCUCAGCUACCCCAGCUGCGCUCCCUCCUCCUGAGAUCGAACCGCCUGGAUCGUAAUUACCACGCUAACGGGCAAGCCUUUCACGUGCUUAGGAAUAUAGAGGUCCUGGACCUGUCGGCAAAUAACCUGGAGAGCCACAUGGCAGGCUGGUACAUCAGCAACCUCACCAGGCUGAGGACGCUUGAUCUCUCUGGGAAUAAGAUGACCAGGCUGCCGGCAGGCAUCUUCCGGAGCGUGCCACGGCUGCGCAAGCUCGACCUCAGCAACAACUACAUCAUGGAAAUCGAGGAGGGAGCUUUUGAGGCUCUGGAAGAGCUGGAGGUGGUGAACUUGGCCUUGAAUUCCCUCCACUGUAUCUCUGGCUUCAGCCUCACGCAGCUGCGAGUUUUAAAUCUCAGCCACAACGCCCUGGAGCUCUUCAUCUCGGAGGAGGGAGCGGAGCCCUACCUGCUUCAAGUGCUCGACUUGAGCCAUAACAGACUCCUCUAUUUUCCAGAGCUCCCCAAAGCCCAUUAUCUCACACACUUAAACCUCUCCAACAACCUUAUUGCUUCUCUGCUCCCAGGCUCACACCAUCCGGGGGAGUUUGUACUGCACUACAAGGAGAUGGCGAGGUUUAACAGGACCUUGCAUACCAUGGCUGGUCUGACGCAUGUAGCUGACUUGGAUCUCAGCAAUAACCAGCUGCAGCUGUUCCCAUUUACCUUUUUCCACAGCCUGGGCUCUCUUCACAGCCUCAGCCUGGCUAGGAACUGUCUCCAGGACGUAGCCGGGGACUCACUCGCCAAUGGUACGGAGCCCAGUGACCGCUCGCACGCACCACCGGAGCGUGCUGCCCUCUCCGUGCGCUCGCUGGACCUCCACAGCAAUGCCUUCCGUGUGCUGCCACGCUGGUUUUUCGAAUCUCUGCCUCAGCUGGAAACGAUUGAUCUGAGCUCCAACAGCCUUCAGCCUUGCAAGAGCCAGGGGAGCGAUUGGGGAGGGAAUUCGGGAGGGGGCUCUCACAUGCCAGUCCCUGGAGACACCUGCACCCCCUUCUACAACGUGCCGCACUUGAAGCAUCUGAGUCUUCGCAAGAACAACAUUACCAGGUUGCACCCCUACGCCUUCAACCAGACCUCGCUGCUCUCCCUAGACCUGUCAGGGAACAAGGACUUGUUCGUGUCCAAGGAAGCCCUGGCGGGGUUGGAAUUCUCCCUGCAAAAACUCUCUCUAAGGGGCAACCAGAUGGACAACAGCAAAGCAGAGCUCCCCUGCCUGGACACGCUCAAAGUCUUGGACCUCUCAGGCAAUAACCUGAGCCUUUUGCCCACAGGUCUUUUCUGCUCCCCUCUGGAAAGCCUGGACGUUCGCAAUAACAACCUGCCGACAUUGGAAAAGACAGCGUUCGUGAGCUGGUCCCGCAGCCUGAAGGACGUGUCCAUCGCGGGGAACCCCUUCAGCUGUUGCUCGCUGGCCUGGCUGGACACGCUGCAGGCGGCCGGUGUGGGCGUGCAGGACCUGGAUGAAGCCCUCUGCUCCUACCGAGAUGAGAGCAGGAACUUCUCAGCCAAGAUAACCAGCAAUCCUUGGUGGCUUUGUCCGCGUCCCAAGGGCACCAGCUCGCUGGCUCUGCUCGUGGUUGUGACGAGCCUUUGCUUUCUCAGCUCGGGGGCUUGCUGCCUUCUGAAGAAAGGGCAGAAGUCGAGGGGGUGUGCAGGACUCCAGAGCAACAGGGUGGGGGUCUUGCCCCGCCAUCCCAGAAGAGAGGAGCCAGCCGAGGUGAAGCCAGCAGACAGCAUCACCAAAGUGUAG